UAAACUCAGAUCCUUGUAAUCGCCUCAGUCAAUACACUGCUUUAGAUCAGUCGUAGCUGACGUUUUUAGACUUAAUUCUGUCUGUACUUAAAAGCGCACGUAUCUUAUCUUGAAUUGGAUAGAGAUGAACACAGUGGUGCACCUGAGGUCAGGUGUGUGCGCUCUAGUGGCGCUCCUACUUCUGUCUGUCUCAGCACACAUUACAGAUCGAUGUGAUAAUGGAGCUGACAACUGCAAUAAACGGCCAGAAACAUCUGACAGUCAACCUCUAAAUACAGAUGAUGUUGUGACGUAUGAGCAGCUGAAGGAAAUGAUGUCGACUGGAAACAUCCAGCUCUUCGAUGUUCGUGAACCAGACGAGCUGGAAGCAGGAUUUAUUCCAGGAGCCACUAACAUUCCCUUGGGAGACGUGGAGCAGGCCCUCAGACUGAACCCAGAUCAGUUUAGAGAGCGCUAUGGCGUCCCAAAGCCUGGUUUAGAGGACUCAGACUUCGUGCUGUACUGCCAGAGUGGUGGCCGCAGCUUCAAAGCGCUGGAGACCGCGAGAGGUCUGGGAUACAGCAGGGCCCGUCAUUAUGCUGGAGGAUACAGCGAAUGGGUUCAGCUGGAGCCUCAGUAAAUGAAGCUUAUUUCCGCUCUGUGCGGGACCUUGAAGACAAUGACUGAAAAUUAUACAGCGCUUGACUGUUAAAAUGACAACGCAGACCAAAAAUAUAUUAUUCAUAAUAUCUCAGAUGUGUUUAUAUAUUUUUGGUUAAAAAAAAAGAGAAAAUAAUAAUAAUAAAUAAUGAAUAUUGCAUUGCAAAUGUU